GCCGACUCCAAGCUCGGCAGUGAGAGCCGCUGUUGGCCGUCAGUUGUUGCCGCUGCGCGUUGCUUUCCGCGUGAUGGCGGCCACGGCUCUUCCCCCCCUGCCGCCGCAGUUCAAGAGCAUCCAGCACCAUUUGCGAACCGCGCAGGAGCUGGACAAGCGCGAACCAGUGGUGGCGUACUACUGUCGUUUGUAUGCUAUGCAAACAGGGAUGAAGAUUGACAGCAAAACCCCAGAAUGCCGUAAAUUUUUAUCCAAGCUUAUGGAUCAGUUGGAAGCUAUGAAGAAACAGUUUGGUGAUAAUGAAGCAAUUACUCAGGAAAUUGUUGGUUCUGCUCAUGUGGAGAAUUAUGCUUUAAAAAUGUUUUUGUAUGCAGACAACGAAGACAGAGCUGGGCAAUUUCAUAAAAACAUGAUAAAAUCCUUUUAUACUGCAAGUCUCCUUAUAGAUGUGCUAACAGUCUUCGGGGAGCUCACUGAAGAGAAUGCCCAGCACAGGAAGUAUGCCAGGUGGAAGGCAGCAUACAUUCAUAACUGCUUGAAGAAUGGAGAGACUCCUCAGCCUGGCCCUAUUGGAAUGGAAGGAGAGAGCUUUGCAGAUGCUGAAAGGGAAGAAGCAGGGUCAUCCUCUGUCCCUAGUGGAACAACCCAACCAACAUCAUCAUCGACGUAUGAAGCUAACAACACACCAACCAGUAAUUUCACUGGUAUACAUAUACCACCUGGUGCCCAUGCACCAGCCAACACUCCAGCUGAAGUGCCUCACAACACAGGAGUGACAAGUAACACCAUUCAGCCUGCUCCUCAGAAUAUUCCUCCAGUCGAUCCUUCCCUUUACAGUGCUCAAUCUGCAGGGGAAGUCCGUUUGACUCCAGAGGACUUUGCAAGAGCUCAGAAAUACUGCAAAUAUGCUGGCAGUGCUUUGCAAUAUGAAGAUGUGAGCACUGCUGUGCAGAAUCUACAGAAGGCCCUCAAGUUACUAAUUACAGGCAGAGAAUGAAGCCUUUAUCCAACAGAUCCAUGUCUUCUGCCUAAGGAACUAACAACUUUUACUGUACCUGUUAGGGGAGUGGAGUUAUUUGGAAGUUCCCUGAAAUUACUGUUUCAGUGUCAGAUUAGCAAUUAAUGGUGCAGCGGGAAUCCCUGUUUUCAUUUUACAAACAGUGGAGCUAGAAACACAGCGAGAUACUGAAGAAAGUCCUGUGAACGUUGCUCAAGAGUAAGAGUUCAUCUUGCAGUAUCUAGAUUAUUGGGAUGGCAAAAUGCUGAAUCUGUAAAAAAGCUCAACAUAAUGUUUUGUUAAAAUUCUUACUCUGACUUUAUUGUUGCGAUUAUUUAAUAAUAGCUUUAAAAUGGUAACUAAGGUUAGGGCUUUUCUCCUACGAGAGCUUGUGAGAAGGCUGACAGAUCCACAGUGGGAAGGACUUUUUUCUAAUAUAAAUUAUUUGAGUGUUAUUUAAGACAUAAGUCAAUGUUGAGGGAAACCCAAGGACAUUUGUAUUUCAUUGUAAAACAUGCUGGAAAAAACAUCUCUUGAUACUUCAAACAGUGUCAUUUUGAUGCUGUUCCAACCCAGUCCCCCCCCCCCACAACUGUACAGACUGCAACAUGUGUUCUUGAUUUAUUGGUUCUUGCUCCUUUUGUGUGAACACUUAGAGUUUUGCAUAUGAAUAAUUAAAAGGAACUACUAAUAUUUAUCAGAGAUAAUCCUGAAAUUUGAAGCAGAAAUUUUAAACAGCAUGAACUUUGCUGAAGAUUUACUUCAUGGCCGUUCCAUCUUAUUUAAAGGCUGAGAAAAAGGCUUCUUCAGCCAUUAAAGCAGUAUAGGUUCAUCUCUGGUGUUAGUGUCAUAGAGCUUCGUAUUUCCAGCUAAUAUUCUUCCUAUCUACUUUGCUGUGGAGACUCUUUAGACUUAGGAUUUCAUUAAAAUAUUUUGGAAACUGAAUUUUGAGUCUUUAUGAGGUCUGCCCUCACAAUUACAGAGCUCUUAAUUGUUAAAAAACCAUCCAUGCUGUUUAAAAGAAAGAGUAAGUGAUCUUAUUCUUUCUGGCAUGAUACAAUAAUUGAAUACACCAUAAAGCAUGUCUGAUUUAUGUAAUAAUUUUAAUGACAUAUUAUUGGAUCUACCUUUCUUUCCAAGCUGCUGGAUCAAAUCUCUGUAUUCUUUAUAGCUGCACUGGUUGCAGUGACUACAAUAAGUCUGAAAGUCAAAGCCAAAAGAUGAGGAACAGAAAAUCAAACAUAAGCAUGCAUUAAAAUUUAGCUAGUCAUAGCCUUUUAAGACUGUAGGGUCUUUGACAGCAGGUUUAAAGAGGAUAGUAUGAAACCUGUAAAUGCAUGCUUAAGCAUUUUAGUUGACUGACAUUUAAUAGGGAAAACUUCCAGUAUUGUUUGUGUUACUUUCUGAUAUGGGAUGAUUUGGAUUAGAUUUUAAUUGUUUUGGGAACCUUAGAAUAAAUGAGUCUGAAAGCUUUCUGACAGUAAUACUGCACAGCCCUGGGCCAUAAGCCUGUGUUUUGUACAGUGCUUCAUGCAAGAUGGAUCUCUCUCGUCACUAUCAAACUGAAUUACAGAAUCACAAAACGGUUGGGGUUCAAAGGGACCUCUGAAGAUCAUCUAGUCCAACCCCCCUGCCAGAGCAGGGUUACUUAAAGCAAUGACUGUAAAUUAUCCCAUGUGUUUUAUUGUGCUGUUACACGCUUAUUGGAAAAGCUGCUUUUCAGAUGAAAGAAGGAUGCAGAACAUUGGUCCGUGUAGAAAUACAUAUAUUGUGUUGUUGUAAAAAAUCAGAAGUUACUUUCAUUUGGAUAUCAUACCACUGUCUACUAAUACCAGCUUCACUUCCCAGCACUUGAAGAAGGAAACUCAAUUCUCCUGUUUCUAUUUAUAAAAUAAUAAAAAGAAUGUCAGGAUUUUGCAUUACAUGGAAAAAAGAGUGAGCUGUGGUAUAAUACUGUAUUCGUUUGAGGCUUUUCAAUUAGAAUGGGUAUUCUUUUUGGUGAUUGAAUGAUAUGAAAUGGAAGCACAUAACUAAGAAGGUUGCAAGCAAACGUUCAAAUACUUGUUCAUGUACAUAGAAGAUUGUUGGCUGUUAAUUAGGCUGAAUCUCUGGGAUCCUCUAGGAGGACAGGGAAUCACUCAAUGAAAAAGUGCUACGCAAUCUACACACCAUAAGCAUUUUUUUGAAUGAUCAUUUGCAAAUGUGUAACCUCUUUCUGCCUAGAAAGAAAUUACAGUUAAGCACCUCUGAGGAGAAUUGAGAUGGAAAGGAUAAUUCAAAAGUUGAAGAAUUUCUUAGAGAAGCUAU